UUUGGAUCUCCGUCAAAUGGUUAAUGAAAUUCCAAUACUUUAAAUGUCUAUGUAUAUAUUAAAUAAAUGCGUUGGCAUUGCAGAUUGCAACGAAAUGUCUGAACUCCAUUUUCUUUAUCGUCCUAGUACUAGUUUCUAUGUCAACAACAGGUACUGUAAUACGGUAAUAACGAAACCCAUGCAACGACUCCUCGAGGUCAUUUCAAAGUUCAUGGAAGUUUUUGCAGGUCAUUUAUAUAAGAAAGCCUACGUACACUUAACGCUCUCUUUGCUCAUUGCAAAUCGCAAUUGUUGCUUCAAUGUUCGCGUGUUAUAUCUUCGUUUGAUAGCACUGCGCAAAGGGGUGUUUGAUCGUCUGCUAACGCAUAAGUACCAGUCACUUCGGCCCAAAACUAAGUGCCCCAGCCAUAUUGACCUCAUCCCCGAGUUAGAUCCCUGCCAUAGCCAAAUUGUCCCACGUUGUUCAGUGCUUGCAACUUGCUUUUCAGAUGAUACAAAAUGUAUAAUAAUGCAAAAAUAGAGCAUUAUGAUUCAAUGUGACAAACUGCAAGAGUGAUGUAAAGCCGACCCAGAGGUGAUGUUGAUACAGAGGGUAAAGGUCGUUCCCAAACCUUUUUUGUUGGUCGUUACAGGGAGUAAGUUGUUUAAGACCUCAUCUUCCUCGGGACCAACUUUAAUCUCGUGUGAGGGCAGUACCCAUUUCAUCUCCCAUACCACCUAAUUUCCCAACCUUCUAUGAAGUCAGAUACCCAAUCCCAACAGUGGGAAAAGUUUGCCGCGCCGCGGGUAUCAAAAAUCCACAGGGGCAAUGUGGGGUAGAGUGUAAAUGGCCGGUCGACGUAAAACAUCACAAAUGAUUCAAGUCAACCGUUCUAUUAACUACUUUAAACGUCUCGCUCAAGUCGUGUCUAAGUAGUCACCCCUCGAGGGAGUGCAAUUUAGGUACUCCAAUCUCAUUACAUGACUUCCAUUGACUUGCGUUACACGACUGCAAACUCUAGAUGGCUACAGUCAUUUCUCGGAGUAAAAACAUGUGACAGACAUCAAUAACUCUGGAUAAUUUGAAGUCAGAAAGUACUCGCUCAUACUGGAUCACUGACAGUUAUAAUUUUUACGAGACGAACAGCCAUAAUUUUCACUGGAUAUUGUAAGGAAGAACUAGCUAUCCCAUAAUUAUCUCCGUAGUGUGGAAGUAACUCUGUUGGUGUGUUAGAGUAGUCAGCCUUGUUCAGCAACCAAUCGAAUCUCUCAUCACUUGAAAUGUUCCCUCUCUAAAACCCGAAAGAAAGACAUUUAUGUCUAAUUUUUUUUUGUAUAAAAAUAGCUGAUCUGCGAUUUCUACAGCAACCACGCACCUAAGGCAGGUGUUGCAGAGGGCGUGGCAGUUCUCAAAAAAACGGUUUUGACUAUGGAAGAAAACGAGAUAAAAAAUUUGCAAGUGCAAUGUUUAUCUGAUGCGGCGGGACUUCAGCGCGCAUGCCAAGCUGCGAAUGUGCGGUUUUCGAGUGAGACAAAUAAGUUCCUUGUGUAUGAAACGCUACAGAAGCUAGGACCAUCUGCUGCUCAGAGGCUUGUCAGUAAACUUGUGGAUGAUGGCUUUAUCAAAUGGGAGGAGGAUGAGACAUUUGAAGUGGAAUUUAUACUUGACCAUGCUGAUGAAGAUGGAGAAAGAUAUUACUUAAUCAAGUGGAAAGGCUGGAGUGCCUUUCAUAACAGCUGGGAGCCAUCCAAAAACCUAUGCUGUCCGUCAUUGGUCAGUGAAUAUCUUGCAUCUGUAAAGCAACAUGGUUCAAAGUUGCCAGUUAAACGAAGUCUGCCAAAGAUGAAAGAAAGUUAUCAGCUCAGUAAACGGCGUAAAGUAGAUGAGAUUUUUCACAAGCUUUGGUGCUCACCCAUGCCAGAGAACAUGUCUCCCCUUCAACUUCUGACAUUGCACAACCUGCGCAUUGGUGUAGAAAAUGUAGACAAACCAGUUGUUCACAAGGGCUUAAUUCCCAGCCAUAACAGAAAUAUGCGACCCAAGUUUUUGGCUACUACUCUCAACUAUUCUAAUGUGAAAAAAAAAGUAUAUAGACAAAAAAAGCUAGAGGUUCAAGCAGCACUGAAAGAUUGGGAAGAGAAACUCAAUGCCAUUAACACAGACCCUGCUCCAAUUGUUGUUGAGAAUGAUGCAGACUUAGAAGGACCACCAGACAACUUUGUCUACAUCAAUGAUUAUCGUGCAGGAGAAGGUAUUGAGAUUCCUCAGGAUCCUAUCAUUGGAUGUGAAUGCAAGAACUGCCUGGAUGAACGGAAAUCAUGCUGUGCUGCUGCUUGUGGGUCAGAGUUUGCAUACUAUAAAAACAAACGUCUUCGUGUUCCUCAGGGCACCCCUGUUUACGAGUGCAAUAAGCGAUGCAAGUGUGGACCUGAAUGUCCCAAUCGUGUGGUUCAAAAUGGGCGCAAGUUCAAGGUGUGCAUUUUUCGCACAUCUAAUGCAAGAGGUUGGGGUGUUAAAACAUUGCAGAGGAUUAAAAAAGGCUCCUUUGUCAUGGAAUAUGUUGGUGAGGUGAUAACAAAUGAAGAAGCAGAGAGAAGAGGAAAGAUUUAUGAUGCAGAGGGUCGCACAUACUUGUUUGAUCUUGACUACAAUGAUGGAGACUGUCCCUUCACAGUAGAUGCUGGAUAUUAUGGGAAUGUUUCCCACUUUGUAAACCAUUCAUGUGAGCCAAAUCUGGUGGUUUAUGGAGUCUGGAUCAACACUCUGGACCCACGAUUACCUCGGAUCUGUCUCUUUGCUGCUCGUGAUAUUAACAAAGGGGAAGAGCUGACUUUUGACUAUAUGAUGACAGGAGAUACAACACAGUCUCAGCAACCUAUGGGAUUGUUUUUGCCGUUAUGUUCACCUGUUAAAGAUGCCUGCAAUAAUGACAUUUCAGCUGGUAUCAGAAUAAGCACGACGGAGGACGAAAGCAGCACAGCAAAUGACAUAUCAGAUAUCAAGGAGAGGAAGAAUACAGGUGAAAAGAUUGAAGAAUGGGAUAGUUUGGUGCAGCCUGUGAAACCAGCAUCUCCAACAUUUGCUCGUUCAUCCAUGUCAAAGAUAUGUGAAAGAAGUUCACCCAAAAAACAGCCAAAGAUGUCUGAUCCUGCAACAGCAGAGAAUAACAGCAGAGCAGAUGGAGAGGAGAAAAAGACAGAUAAACUGCAAGGCCAGAGUAAAAUGAAAUACCGCAUGAUAUGUCAGUGUGGGUCUGCCAAAUGCCGAAAGUAUUUAUUUUGAUACCUUCUUGAUAUACAUCUGAUUUUUCCUGUAAAAAUAUUCCUUUUGUAUGCUGAACCAUGCAUUGCCAUACUGGAGGCAUAUUUUUCAGCUUCCUCUCACAGGCAGCAAUGAGCAUCCAUCACUAUGUUAACUUUGAAACUGUCUACAUGAUAGUCUAAUAAUAUCUAUGUAAAGAUCCUUGUCUGAGAACAAAGAGUUGGUUCAAAACAGGCCAUGAAGGAAGAUCAUGGUGCAUUCAACAUGGGGAUAAACAAGACCCUUUCACAGGAAUAGUCUGGGUUGGAUUUUGCUAGGCCUUUGAAGUUUGUUUAAUUUGUAGCCUGCCAGUUGCAUUGCAGUUUCAUCACCUGAGGGUUCACAUCUAAGUAGUGAUGUUCAUUUGCACCUGCAUCCAUGCUUACAUACUGAUGCAUUUUAUAUCUUUUUCUCUGUCAGGCUGCUAUUGGUCAGCAAAAAGCAACUUAAAAGAUGAUUUUAUGGUCUAUAGACAUUAACUUUUGAAUAAAGGAGACUCAUACACUCUAAUGGUUGUGCUUAAACGACUAUGCAUUUGUCAUUGAAACUUUCCUUCUAUACUCAAAGCUUAGGGAAAAUAAAAAUAUGUAUGCUUUUAGUAGAACACGAAACUGUCUGGUCCCUUUCAUGUAUUUAUAAUUAAGGAUAUAUUACAAGAAAAUCGUGACUUCUGUGGGUAGAUAAAUUAUUUUACUUCAGUAGUAUGCACAGUAAUGAAGCAUUUUUAAAAACUAUUUCUCUUUUGCAGUAGAAAACACAACCAUGGCAAGAAUUGUGCUUACAUUAAGUGAUUGUCCACCAAAAAUGAUUGUUAGAAUGAUGGUGUUACAGUGUUGACAAAAGAAUUUUAUAAAAUUUUUAACCCCCAGAUGCCACAUCUAUAAAAUUAAGCAUUUUAUUAUACUAGUGCAAUCGCAUUCAGAAGGAAAAUUGGGCAUUAGGUUAGAAAUGUCACAUUAUUAGAAAUAGUAUUUACUGUAUCAGCUUUUUCUGCCUUGGCUUUUGAAUGGCCUAAUUAAUGCCAUUUAUUCUUGGCCAAUGUGUAUGUUUGGAUGGUUGCAUGUGUACUCCUACACACAUGCCAAACUUUACUGACAACACUUAUUUGUCCAACAAAAAUUCCAGUCAAACAAUGAAUUGCAUUUGGGAUAUCAUUCUAUACUGAUGCUUUUCUUGGGUGUGCAUACAUUUUUGUACCUCCAAGUUUUUUUAGUGCCUUGCAUUUGCUAUUUUCCCAGUCGUAAUUACAAUUAAGUGAGACUUCAUGUGAGUCUGGGUGUAUUGUCUUGAAUUGUUGCAGGGAAGUGAGGAGCAGACCUAUGUAAAUAUCUUACUACAAUUCAUUAUUGUGAUGUUGUACACUAACAUUACAAUGAAUACUGAUGUAGGAUAAUUUAAAGGUGUAUUUUAACACUGAAUUUGAGUGAUUAUUCCAAUAAAAUGAGAAAGAAAGUUUUGGGAAUGGAAAAAAAUAUAUGAGACAAGAGUAAAUAGUUCUCUUGGUUGUUUUUUUUUUUUUCUAGUGCUGUGCAUUGGGGAUUUUUCUGGUCUUAACGUGUUGCUUUGCAAUUACCUCCUCAUGCCCUUGUAUUUAGCACCUUUGAUUUUCCAUGUUGAGAUGAGAGUUACCGAUUUAGGGAACACACAUUUGUAGAGAAGUAAUGCUGCUUUGAUAACAGCAUAACUUGCUUAUUUAGUAUUUAUUUAGGUCUUUUUCUCUAAUUUGGGUUUAAAGUACAGUCUAGACACUCCGACAGACAAGAACAUCAGACGCACCAUUCAAAAGAAAAGGACAUGUUUAAUGCUGAUCAAUGUUUGCAACUUUUAUGAGCACUUAUUAUAUUCCAAUUGUUAGAAUUUAAAAAACAUAAAGCAAAAUACAAAAAUGGUGAGACAAAAGAAAUGUUUUGUAGUUUGUCCAUUUAUUUAUGAGAUGCCAAAAUUUAGAACAUGAUUGUUUUUCCUUGGGAGAGAAUUUUUUUUAUUUUGUUCUCAGGCGAUGCAUUGCUGUAAACUGUACUGUGUACAUGUUAGAAAUAGAUCUCUUUAAAACAAAGUCUCUGAAAACCUUUUUGGCAAAAACCACAAAUUUUUACUUGUACACAUUUUUUUCAAGUCACUGCUGUUCGUGCAUGACAGGUAUUUGGUAUGUUAAUGUUGCUUCUGGAAUCAAAUGAGGUUACCCAGAAUGUUGUUUGAGGUUGACUGUAUUUUUUUUUUUUUUUAAAUAAUUUUUCCCUUCCCCCUCUCAAUGUUUACGUUGAGGAGGUUCAAUAAUCUUCCCAUUCAUAAUAUAAAUAUGAUAAUUGCGUUAUAAUAUAAACCCUUAUUACAUCUGGCAUACCUGUAGUAUAUAUGGAAUAUCUGUGCUAGGUGCACAGUUCCUUCUGAAGUAUCUUUAGUUGGUGAGUCAAUCUAUUUUAAGGUUAUAGCAUGGGUUUAUAUAAGUGUGACAUUGCCCUUUCUCUUUUUCUGACUUUGAUGUAUACUAUUUCUUUUUAAAUGUGUUAAAUUAUACGUUUGCCAUUUUAAAGGUUUUCCCCCAUUAUUUUCUUAGUUGAAUUCCAACAUUUGCUUUGUAAUUUAUCAAAGGAACUUGCUCAGCUGUUGAAUCACUUUCUUUUAGUCUGUUAAAUAAGUUGCCAAGCAGGCAAUGGUUAUACAAAUAAGUUUGCAGUUUCUUGUUCAUAUUAAUGUUAACCUGGAGAUUUAUUUUUUAUUUUCUUUAGCUCAGACACUUAAAAUUAAUAUUUUAACAGCUUUUGUGACUGGUACUACUCUCCCUCUCUGCCUUACUUUCCCAAACCCUCCUCUGCUUGGUCAACUGUAGAAAGUACACUAGGUUGCGUAGGGGCAAGCUAGCUACUAUGCUUGCCUUUGGGGUUUAGAUUCACUGCUUUGACCAAUGGGCUGUACAUUGUACAGUACCCCUCUCUUUGUUAGAACAAUGAAUCAUUUUUUUUCCUUUAUUUUUUUUGGUUGUUGUUACAUAUCUGUUAAGAACCUCUACUUUCAUCUGUCUUUCUAAACUGUCUUUACCUGUAAAUUAUAAAGAAGGCUGUUUUAUAUGGGAUCAACCUUGAGCACUUUGGAAAUUUAGAAAGGCAGUUUGGACCAGGAGCUGGGACAGUAUUAAAUGUGCUCUGUCCUGAUUACAAAGAUCAUAGGUAACAAUAGUCUGAUUGUGUCACUGGUUCUUUUUAACAAUCUAACUGGAUUUAUAGAAAAACAGGCUUAUGGAAUAACAUUUCAUACUGUUCAUCUGUGUUUAUAAAUUCAAUGAUACAGUAUUCUAGCCAUUUGAAAUGGUCAUAUCUGAAACAGAAUCUCAAUGCAUUUUUAAUUGUAAAUCUAGUUUCUGCAAAAAAAAGGAAAAAUUUCUUCAGUGUUAAAGUGGACAGUCAUAAUAAAAUAAAAAUUAUUUUAAAAAAAAAUGGAGUGUCUAUUAAACUUACACUAUUUUGAAUUGAAGUGAGAGAAGGGUCUGUGACCUUGUUGACCUUGUGGUUAAUGCAUCUAGAAACAGAAGCAAAAUUGAAGCUUGCAUGGAUGUGGCUGGCAUUCAGCCAGUACCCACCCAACAGUGAUGGGACGUGAUUUAUCAGAGAAGCCAUAAAGCAUAAGGAGAGCAUAGGAUUUUGCCUUGCGCCUGCAAUAUUCUAGAUGCAGGGAACCCCUGACAGAUCACUGGUCCUGUGGUCACUAGGCUAUAGGAACCUUACCUGUUCAAUGUCAUACUUCAGUAUAAAAUGUAGUGUGCAGUUACUACACUGAUAAAGUAACAAGAAGAGCAAGAUACCAAUGCCAUGAUGUCUUCUGGAAUUGUUCAUCAGAUUUCAUGAUCUGUAAAGUAUGUACUAGCAUUAUGUGCUUUUGGUAUGCAUGUAGAAGAAACCUAAACUUUCACUAAACCUUUCUGAACAAAUGUAUUAUUAAAGUUACAUGAAAUAUCUUGGAGAAUUAAAAACAUGUAUGCAA